CGAGCGGCCGCCGCCGCCGCUGCCGCCCAGCGCGCUCCGGGGCCGCCGGCCGCCGCCAGCACCCGCCGCGCCGCAGCUCCGGGACCGGUCCCGGCCGCCGCCGCCGCGAUGGGCAACGCCGCCGCCGCCAAGAAGGGCAGCGAGCAGGAGAGCGUGAAAGAGUUCUUAGCCAAAGCCAAAGAAGAUUUCCUUAAAAAAUGGGAAAAUCCUGCUCAGAAUACAGCCCAUUUGGAUCAGUUUGAACGAAUCAAGACCCUUGGCACUGGCUCCUUCGGGCGGGUGAUGCUGGUGAAGCACAAGGAGACUGGGAGCCACUUCGCCAUGAAGAUCCUCGACAAACAGAAGGUGGUGAAGCUGAAACAGAUCGAGCACACCCUGAACGAGAAGCGCAUCCUGCAAGCAGUCAACUUCCCGUUCCUCGUCAAACUCGAGUUCUCCUUCAAGGACAACUCAAAUUUAUACAUGAUCAUGGAGUACGUGCCUGGCGGGGAGAUGUUCUCACACCUGCGGCGGAUCGGGAGGUUCAGCGAGCCACAUGCCCGCUUCUACGCGGCCCAGAUCGUGCUGACCUUCGAGUACCUGCACUCGCUCGACCUCAUCUACCGGGAUCUGAAGCCGGAGAACCUGCUCAUCGACCAGCAGGGCUACAUUCAGGUGACGGACUUCGGUUUUGCCAAGCGCGUGAAAGGCCGCACCUGGACCUUGUGUGGGACCCCCGAGUACCUGGCCCCAGAAAUCAUCCUGAGCAAAGGCUACAACAAGGCUGUGGACUGGUGGGCCUUGGGGGUUCUCAUCUACGAGAUGGCCGCUGGCUACCCGCCCUUCUUUGCCGACCAGCCCAUCCAGAUCUACGAGAAGAUUGUCUCUGGGAAGGUGCGAUUCCCGUCCCACUUCAGCUCUGACCUGAAAGAUCUGCUGCGGAACCUCCUGCAGGUGGACCUCACCAAGCGCUUCGGGAACCUCAAGAACGGGGUCAAUGACAUCAAGAACCACAAGUGGUUUGCCACGACUGACUGGAUCGCCAUCUACCAGAGGAAGGUGGAAGCUCCCUUCAUACCAAAGUUUAAAGGCCCUGGGGACACGAGUAACUUUGACGACUAUGAGGAGGAAGAGAUCCGAGUCUCCAUCAAUGAGAAGUGUGGCAAGGAGUUUUCUGAGUUUUAGGGGUGUGCCUGUGCCCCCAUGGGUUUUCAUUCUUUUUUUUUUUUUUUUGGUCAGGGGUGGGAGGGUGGGAGGGUUGGAUUGAACAGCCAGAGGGCCCCAGAGUUCCUUGCAUCUAAUUUCACCCCCACCCCACCCUCCAGGGUAGGGGGAGCAGGAAGCCCAGAUAUUCGGAGGGACAGAAACACCAGCUGCUCCCCCUCACCCCCUUUGCCCUCCUGCCCCCCACCGCUUCUGCCUUCCUCUUCCCCCACGGCCCCUCACCCUAGCCCACCUCUGCCUGUUUUAAACGAGUUUCUCAGUUCCAGUGAGACCAGGUCUUGCUGGUGUAUCCAGGGACAGGGUGUGGAAAGAGGGGCCCACACUUAACUCCAGCCCACCCCAAACCAUAGGCACCACUCGCUAAGGGUGAAUGAAUGAAAGUCCAACCUUCCCUUCAGAGCAAUCCCGCCUGGGAAGGAGAGAUUUUAGUGAUGUGUUCAGUGGGCUGCUUGCUAGAAUUUUUUUUAAAAAACAAUUUACAAUCUUAUUUAAGUUCCACCAGUGCCUCCCUCUCUCCUUCCUCUACCCCCAUCCCUCUCAUGCUCCCCUCCCCCAAAUCCAUUUUAACAAGGCUGGGAAGCAAACUGACUUUGUAAAGGAAGGAGCUGGGGUUGGAACCUCUGCCCCAAGCUGCUAAUCUCUCCUGCCCCCUGCCCCCCAGGGGUCCCCUGCCAAGCCUGGAAGGGUCUCAGCCCCUUUAGGAAGCCCUUACCCAUUCCUGCCCCAAUAGACCUUUCUUCACCCUUGGGCUUCAGGACCCAGACAAAGCAGCUGCCCCUCUCCCUGCCAAAGAGGAGCCAUCCCCCAUAAAGACAGGGGGAGCCCCAGGCCCAGGAUCUUUCCUCCCAGCAGCACUCCCCCCAACUCCUUAAUUUUAGUCUCAGCUAGAUUUUAAUGCCCAGCCUCCUCUCAACUCAGGAGGGAAGGCAGCUUCCCCCUCCAAAAAGAUGCAAAGCCCCCCUCCCCUCCUGGCCCAGGUUCAAGGCCAGGUUGCUGGGGAGGGGCUGCCUGUUUUAUUCACCCAGCAGCCUCCGCUCCCACCAUCCCGGGCGCUCCUCCUCUGCUUAGCUGUCAGCUGUCCAUCACCCCUCCCCCCCAUUUGUGCUUUUUUUUUCUCUUAAUAGAAAAGUGGAGAGCCACCCCAUUCAUCCCCAUAUUUGUCCCUCUCAUAACUCCUCCCUAUCCUAGGGGGAGCUCUCAGGCCUGGGGUGGGGCCCCGGGUGGGCGCGGGGGCGAUUCAACCUGUGUGCUGCGAAGGACGCGACUUCCUCUUGAACAGUGUGCUGUUGUAAACAUAUUUGAAAACUAUUACCAAUAAAGUUUUGUUUAAA